UCGAGGUUCAGCUCGGCUGCCGCGAGCGCGCAGACUCCCGGACCGAACGAGACCAAGCAGGGUCCAGAACUCCAGAUCUCUCCUCUCACCCAGCUCCGGCGAUGGCUUCGCCUUACGCCGGCGGCGUGCAGCCUCCUUCUCCCGCUGCGGCGGUGCAGCAGCAGCAGCAGAACCACUCUCUGGCGUUCCGCGUGAUGCGGCUGUCUCGCCCCUCACUCCAGCCAGACCUGGCCGCGCUGCUCCGCUUCGACCCACGCGACGUCUUCCUCCCUGAGGACGCGCUCACCGGCUCCGACCCGUCCGCCGCCGCCAACUUCCUCGACGGUCUUCUCCACCCUUCGGACUCCGCCACCGCCGUCCCUGGAGACUUCACCUUCCGCGACCGCUUCCUCCUCCGCGACCCAGCCGACGCACUCGCUCUGCCGGGCCUCCUCGUCCUGCCCCAGUCGUUCGGUGCGAUCUAUUUGGGCGAGACCUUCUGCAGUUACAUCAGCAUCAACAAUAGCUCCAGCUUUGAGGCCAGGGACGUCGUCAUCAAGGCGGAAAUACAAACAGAGAGACAGAGAAUACUUCUUCUGGAUACAUCAAAGUCCCCUGUCGAGUCAAUUAGAUCAGGGGGUAGAUAUGAUUUCAUCGUGGAGCAUGAUGUCAAAGAACUAGGAGCACAUACGCUUGUAUGUACUGCUUUAUAUAAUGAUGGUGAUGGAGAGCGUAAAUAUCUUCCCCAGUUCUUUAAGUUCUCUGUUUCAAACCCAUUAUCUGUUAGGACAAAGGUUCGCACCAUCAAGGACAUCACAUAUCUGGAAGCCUGCAUAGAGAACCAUACAAAAUCUAAUCUUUACAUGGAUCAAGUUGAUUUUGAGCCUGCCCAACAAUGGAGUGCUACAAGAUUGGAGGCUGAUGAACAUCCCUCAGCAGUGAAGUCUGCAAUAGGGGACCUCUGUAAACAACCGAUCCUCAUCAGAGCGGGGGGAGGAAUAUACAAUUACCUUUAUCAGCUAAGAUCAUCAUCUGAUGAAGCCGGUCAAACAAAGUCCGAGGGAAGCAGUAUACUUGGUAAAUUUCAGAUAACAUGGCGUACGAACCUGGGUGAACCAGGCCGUUUGCAGACUCAGAACAUUCAUAGCACUCCGACUGCAAGCAAAGAUGUUGAUCUCCGUGCUGUGAAAGUUCCACCUAUCAUAUAUGUGGAAAGAGCAUUCAUGGUCAAUCUGUGCCUUACAAAUCAAACGGACAAAACUGUGGGCCCUUUUGAAGUAUUUCUAGCUCCAAGCAUGUCGGGUGAAGACAGAGCUGUUCUAGUCAAUGGACCACAGAAGUUGAUUUUACCUUUGGUGGAGGCUUUUGAGUCUAUGAAAUUUAAUCUGAGCAUGGUAGCCACCCAGCUUGGAGUGCAAAAGAUUUCCGGAAUUACAAUGUACGCCGUGCAGGAAAAGAAGUACUAUGAACCUUUGCCCGACAUAGAGAUUUUUGUUGAUGCAGAAUAGCAACACCAAAUGGGGACCCGCCUUUAUGUCCUUUUCCUUACCAUGGGAGCUCUGCAUAGUUUACAUAAAGCACUGGCUGAUGUAAUAUUGCUCACUGAACAACUGAUACAUGCGAUUGUAAUUAAAUGCAUAUUGAUGUCAAAUUGGCUUCUAUCGGAUGUCAUAUAAGAGUUCCUUAUCCCCUCAGGAUUUCGCUUGUACUCUUUCCAGACAUUUAGUUUUAGUCAUGUCAUGCAUUGCAUUACAUGAUCCUCCAAUUCUGCUAACUGCCUCUAUGGGUGUAAUUGGUUUCCUACAGUAGGUUGCCUGUAUUAGGUCUUAUGCAACAUAAAUAUAUGCAAUAUGCAAACGCAAAGUAAGAUUGUUUUGGUUGGUUGUA